AUGGACUACAUUUUAAUCACUGACAGUUCACAGGGAUUCAGUCUUACACCCUUGUCAUUUCUUGGAAUGAAAAUUUGUUUGCGUGAAGUUGAGACUAACGAGACAGCAAAUGAAUUUGUAACUGAGUAUGGCAUCAUUGAGCACGAUGACGAUGAUUCUAUGAGUUUCUUUAGCUUCCUUCUUGGGUGGAUUCAAAAAUUUGACUCAAAAUCUUUGACAGAAGAUCAAUUACAGGAAUUCAUAAGGAUAAGCUCCAGUAACAUCAAGUACGGCUCGGACAACCAACAUGUUUUCAUGACACAUGUGAGUGAAGUUUCUUAA